GAAGCCCCAAUCAGAAUCGUGUUGCCCUUCAAAGACCAGAAAUCAGCAAACGUAGUACGUAAACAGCUGGCUGACCUGAGUAGAAAGAUCAACCCAGACAUCAGCCCAGUUUACACAAGUAGGAAGAUCAAAGCUGAAAUUAAGGUCAAGGAAGACAAGCCGCCUCUUGUGAGUCAACAAUGCGUGGUGUAUGCUUUCCAGUGUAGCCUGUGUGAUGCAGGCUAUGUCGGCUACACGUGCCGACACCUACACCAACGAAUUGAAGAACACAAAGGAUCAGCAAUCGGAAACCACCUCAGAGAGCAGCAUGAUUUG